GGGGGAGGCGGGACGAGGCUCAGUCAGGCCAGGGAGGGGGAGCUGUGGAAUGGCGGACGGCCGGGCUGGCCCGCCCUGGUGGUAACGAGCCGAGGGGGCCGGAGGUGAUAGCUGCGGGGAUUGAACAGUGCCUGAAGCAGGUCCACCAUGCCGUUAGUAACGAGGAACAUUGAGCCAAGGCACCUGUGCCGUCAGACGUUGCCUAGCGUUCAAAGCGAGCUGGAAUGCAUGACCAACAUCACCCUGGCAAAUGUCAUUCGACAGCUGGGCAGCCUGAGUAAAUUUGCAGAAGACAUAUUUGGAGAGUUGUUUACUCAAGCCAACACCUUUGCCUCUCGGGUGAGCAUUCUAGUCGAGAGAGUUGACCGCUUGCAAGUCAAAGUCACUCAGCUGGAUCCCAAAGAGGAAGAAGUUUCCCUGCAAGGCAUUAACACCAGGAAGGCCUUCAAAAGCUCCACUACUCAGGACCAGAAACUCUUCGACAGAGAUUCUCUCCCCGUGCCUGUCCUUGAAACCUAUAGGACCUGCAAUACUCCUCCACCUCUCAACAUUCUCUCGCCUUACAGGGAUGAUGGCAAAGCGGCGCUUAAAUUCUACACAGAUCCUUCAUAUUUCUUUGACCUUUGGAAAGAGAAAAUGCUUCAGGACACCAAGGAUAUUAUGAAAGAGAAGCGGAAACACAGGAAAGAGAAAAAGGAGAAUCCAAACCGAGGAAAUGUGAAUCCACGGAAAAUCAAAACCCGGAAAGAAGAGUGGGAGAAGCUGAAAAUGGGACAAGAAUUUGUUGAGUCAAAGGACAAACAUGGUCCUGCUGGGUACCCCUCUAACAUGGUGUAUCAGAACGGCAGCAUCGGUUCAAACGAAAGCAUGGACGUGAACUGCUACCCGCCACCGCCGCAGACUGACUCUAUUGUGCCACCACCUCCUUCAUUCCCAGAUGACAGCCUGCCUCCACCCCCGGUGGAAUUUAGCUAUCCUGUAGACAACCAAAGAGGUUCUGGUUCUGGAGGGACCAAACGAUCCAGCCUGGUUAGCCCAAGUCACCCGCCACCAGCUCCUCCGAUCGGAUCCCCCUCAGCAGCCAGGCCGGGCUUUGCUCCCCCUCCGGCGCCGCCACCGCCACCACCACCACCGAUGGGAAGCGCCCCCCCUCCACCACCUCCUAUGGGCUUCCCAUCCCCAGGAACCCCACCGCCACCCUCGCCCCCUUCUUUCCCUCCUCACCCCGAGUUUGCUGCCCCGCCACCACCACCGCCACCUCCGGCAGUCGAUUAUGCCAGCGUGCUCCCACCUCCGCUGCCGCAGCCGGGCAGUGGCAGUGCACCGCCUCCCCCUCCACCGCCGCCGCCUCCUGGCCCACCGCCUCUGUCUUCCAGUGGCCUGGAUGGUCCUCCACCCCCUCCUCCACCCUCGGACACCUCCGCCUCCAAGCCCAAGUCAUCCUUGCCUGCGGUUAGCGAUGCCAGGAGUGAUCUGCUUUCAGCUAUUCGUCAAGGCUUCCAGCUCCGCAAGGUGGAGGAGCAGCGGGAACAGGAGAAGCGGGACGUUGUGGGCAAUGAUGUGGCAACGAUCCUGUCACGCCGCAUCGCUGUGGAGUACAGCGACUCUGAGGAUGACUCUUCGGAGUUCGAUGAGGACGAAUGGUCGGAUUAACCGCAGUCCCCGUCCCCUUCUUCCCCUUCUCUCCUGGGUUAACAUAUUCUUAAAGAAUCAGGUGGCCAAACCUUCCACCACUUCCUUUCUCAUCCCGUAACCAAAGAUGUGCCAAGGGUUUUCAGACAACCAGCAGCAUAUCUCCCCUCUUCCUCCCCCUCCGGCUUUGGCAGGACUCUGUGCUCUGCCUUUCCAAAAGCUCUCCUCACGGACACUGAGGAUGCGGUGUUGGGAUUUAGCUGGAGGAGGUGUAACGGUUGCUUAUUUAAGAGAGCUAAACCUCCAGAUUCUCGAUGCCACCAGGCAGAGCACAUAUAAACCCUCCAUCCUGAGGGAUUUUGAAAGUAAAGAUGGAUGAUCCUGUUGCGGCCGCGUGGCCUUUCAGAUGAAGGACAUUUUCAGCUAGUUUUCUCAUUGCAACAGCAGACAGUUGAUCUGACAGCUCUUCCUUUCCAGUGAAUACUGGUAGUGCUGCAAGAAAAUGGGCUUUAAAUGUCUGUUCUCUGCUGCAUCCCACUGUCAAAUAAUCAGGUUUUUGGCACUAGUGCACAAUUCUUUCCCCUUUUGACCCCCCUAGUAUUAUUUCCAGACUACCCUGCGUGGGGUGCGCUUCCUGGCUCUCGGGCUGUGGAGUGCGUUGGGUGCAAUGCAAGGAGGGACUUUUUUUCUUUCCCUCUUUGAAAAGCUGCCUUUACCUUCCUCAAAUCGCCUGGACUUGCUUCGCCAAGUCUGCCAAAGGAGACUUGCACAAAGGGAUGCGAAGCCAGGGCAGAACAGUUGCUUGGCUUCCUGCUUCUGGGAGAGCAGAGGCACUGUCCCACUGAGACACAUCUGUGUGGUCAGCGCUGAGCGGUGGCGAAACUCCGCUUUGCUGAUUUCUCCAAUUCAUGCUGAGAGUGUGUUUAAAAAAAAAAAAAAAAAGUGCCUAAAGCAGGGAGAUGGUGUGGGGAGGGGUUCUCUGAACACCAGGCACUUUGAUCUUUGGCCUGUUCAGGGCAAUGCUGCAGUCAGUUUGAAGAGGUGCUUUUUCUAGCGGGGUGACCAUACUUUUUGCACAGGGACUUGAGUAGCAGAAAAUGCUGGUAUUACCUUUGCUUCCUCCUCCCUUCCACCUAAGGAGGGGAGUUUGUGUGCCUAAAACCAUCUAGUAUGUGAACUGAGUUGCCCAUCUGUUCCAUCAGACCUAACCUAGUCUUUUCCCGUAAUUUUGUUAUGAUAAUUCAUUAGUUAAUUUUAAGAAAACAUUUCUUCUCCUUACUAACCCUAUGAAUUUCCUGGGCUGCUCACUACAGAUACAGUACUGGCAGGGGGAGAAAAUGGUGAACUUGAACUACCUGACCUAGGUUUUAUUGCUGUUUUAUAUUACCUUAUGUAGAUUAUAAGCAUAUCUUGGAAAUCUAGAAACAAAUACCCUCCCUGUGCUACAGAUGUGCAUUUUAAUUUGGACAUGGCGCUCUCAGGGUCAUGCAAGAAAGCAAGUCCAAAACCUUUAGGAGAUGGUGGGUCCGGCUGUCGCGUGGUGGGACCAGAUGCACGUCCCAUUAAGACCGACUCUCCAGCUUCUUUGCCUUUCCUAUUGUAAAGUAUUUUGCCAGCCUGUGCCUGUUCUUUCUUCUCUGGCUCGCCUCGUUUAAUGAUGUAGCUGAUACCUGGAACGCCAGGCCCAGCCCGAGGCUGCCAGGUUGCUGAAAAUCCUUCUUGGGGUUUGAUUGAUGGCUUCAGUUUGUGCCAUUGAGUUCUUACUGAUGUCUUGCGUGUGUGUGCGUGUGCAUUUUUAAUCUUUGCCGGAGCAGCUGAGGGCCUGGAGGAUGGGUUUUUCUGGGGUGCAGAUCAAGCUGAGAUCCAGCGUGACCCAGAGAGACUUAUCGGACUGCUACACCAUCGGAUUUUUGUCCACAAAUCGGCUGCUAGGCAGGAUGCGAAGGGCAUAGACAGUGAGGCAUCCCAGUGGGCUGGGAACAUCUGAGCAGUGCUAGUUCCAGGUUCUGGAAGAGGAAACAAACCCCUCAAGUGCCAGUGAGCCAUCGUGCAGUGGAGGGCCUUGGAAAUGCAAACUGAUUAUUGCUGCGAGCUGGGUAAGGGGGCUAGGGGAGAAUCACUGCCUCUUGUUUAUCUGCUCUUUCUGUAAGCAUCUUCCUCUGGCUUCUCUCGCAGACAGGUUCCUGGGGAAAAUGGACCUUUAAGCUAACCCAGGCUGACAGCGUUAUCACACAGGGAAGUGAGGAGCUCGCAAAUGCCAAACCUGGGUUAAUUUUAAAAUGCCUUAACUAGACUUGGCCCCUGUUGGGAAAUGGGAGAGCGAGUAUUCCUGUCGCGUGAAAUACAGAAAAGUGCCAUAUUCUCUGUGACCCAGAUGGAUGGUCUGUCAGGCGGGGCCGUGCCUCGGGGCGUUGGGGACACGGUUGCCCCACGCGCUGCCUGUUGCACAAGGAUGCUGUGUGGGCGAUCUCGGCAUGGCCGCGGGUGGAGUCUGCUCCUCUGCCUGCCUCGCCUUUCUGCAAGGCCCUCCUGGCAGCGGGAGGGACGCUGCUUUGUCCGUGCAAGCCUGCUGUAACCACCCUCUGCUUUCAAACUCACGUCCCGAGGUGAGAAUCAAAACUGUUGGAUCCUAAACAGAAGGGUUGUGGAUAGGUAGGGAAGGUUUGGGUUUGUUUUUUUUAAAUCUUUGAUUGCAAAAAAAAGUGGUAUGAGCCUAGAGUUUAGAUCCCUGAGAAACAACUGGUGUAAAGCGACCAGCUUUGAGUAUGGUUGCAAAAUCGCAGAGCACUGGGCCACCAAGUAAGCUUUAAUAUUUCUUAAACCAGUAGGGGAAGAGGAGAGGUGCCAAAAACAACCUUUGCAAGACAGAGCAGCUGUGCUGUAACUGCAGGGCUGCUGCCCCACGUAGACCGAGGGCCUGUGCUGGACUCCCCUGCCAUCUUUGUCAUUUCGUGUUAACUUACUCCUUCCUCCCCUUUUUUCAGCGUAAGGCUGGGUUGAACGGCACGGCAGGCAAACCUCAAGCAUUUCACAAAGCCAAAAGCGAGAGCUGGCAGCUGGGGUCCUCCCCGUCUUUCCAUUUCAGCCCGACCCGUGUCCGUACGGAGACGCAGAGCCAGAGCAGCCAUUUCACCCGUCCUGGGAGCCGUUUGCUCAGGGCGUGCAAGUUUGGGCAGGCCGCCGCUGCCUUCCCCUUCCCGGCGCCGCGUUCCUGGUUAAACAUUCUCCCGGUGUCCUCGCCUGCAGUGCUUGGCUGCUGCUCCCGGCAGCCUCUCCCCCGCCGCCCCCCUUCCCGCGCUCGCAGGGAAAGCCUCGUCCCGGCUCCCCGGGCUCAGCCUGGAGCCUCAUCCGCAGUCGGUGACCUUCACUGCUUUCUCCUCUCCUUAUCAGACCCAAAGCACCAGACCAGAUCGAGGGAAGGGGCUCCUGGAGGUCCCAGAUGGCCAAGAAACUGUGCAGAGUCUCAUUUCAGGGAAAGGAUAUAUAUAUAUAUAUAUUUUUUUUUUUUCAGUCCGUGAACUUAUUUAACGUGCCUCUUUUGAAAGUACCUGCCCUUGGCGGGCUCCGGAGGGGAGCUGGCUGGCAGGGCCUCGCGUGGGGCAGAUGCAGCUGCCCCGGGUCAGGUUUCAUUGCUGUUGGAUUUCGGGGGGGGUGCUUUCUUCUCUUCUUUUUUUUAAACAAAGCCUUGAAGUGGGAAGUGGAUCCGAUGUUUUUAUUACUGUAUUAACGUUCAUUUUAAUUCAUUUCAGAAACUAACCCAUUUUUCUUCUUGAUUAGAAUGUCAUAGAAUUAGACGAGCUGUAACCCUCCUGAAGUGCCUUAUUUUCUGACAUGAUAUAAAUAUAUUUAUAAGAGUAAUUAUUCCACUUGUAUCUUGGGGGUUUAUUGCUGAGCAGAAGAUAUGGUGGGAGGAGAGAUGGGAAGUGCCCUCGAAGGACUCAGCCAGCCUGGGGGUCAGAAGGGUGAUGCUUGACGGAUGCUCUCAGGGUGCAGGGGGUUACUCACUUCAGACCAAAGGAGUUUCAGCAGUGAAACUCUACUUAGAAAAAAGAAAAAGGAGAAAAAAAACCAAAAAACCCAAACAAAACCACAACCUCAUGAGCAAAAUACUGUAGACUUGUUUGGUUUUCUUACCCCUGCAAAAUAAACACCGAUGGCCAGAUUCUGCCUCGUGUGCACGGAUGCAGCGGGUGUAAAGCUGCUGCUGCUGGGGGAACGGAGCCUGGUCCGUGUCCGGACCCGUGCAUCCCGGCGCAGACUCGCUGCCUUCUGUGUUCCUGUGUAAUGUCUGUCCGUGCUUUUCCCUGUCAUUGCUGUGUAAGCCAGGCUUUCCUACUACUUUUUUUUUUUUAAUAA